AUGACCUUUUUGCCUUUGACCCAGCAGCACAUUACCGACAGUCAUCCUGACCGACAGUCAUGCAUUCCCGUUAACGGUAGCGUGUGUGUGUGUGUGUGUGUGUGUGUGUGUGACUGACAGCCCGCUGCUCCAGGUCACCGUUUACCGGAGCCGUUAACCGGUUAGAGGAGUGGCUAGCGGGUUAGCUAGCGGUCACAGCUAACAGCUAGCAGCUAACAGAUAAGAGGAGAUGGAGGAGUUUUUGUCCAGCUGCAGCCGGGCCGUGAAGGUGGAUCCGGAUCAGGCUGGUUCAGGGUUCCAUGUGGUUCUGGGGAAUGAAGCCUGUGACAUGGACUCCAUGGUGUGUGCUCUGACCUACGCCUACUUCCUGUCCAAGACGGGACACUCGGAGAUGCUCGCUCUGCCGCUGCUGAACAUCCGUCAGUCCGACCUGGUGCUGAGGUCAGAUAGCAUCUUCCUGCUGCGAGAGGUUGCUCUGUCUCCAGACCUGCUGCUGUUCAGAGAUCAGCUGGACCUGCAAGCGCUGCAUCGAGCCGGCCGCCUGCGGCUGACACUGGUCGACCACAACGUCCUGCCCAGUUCAGACAGCGAACUGGAGGGGGCGGUGGUGGAGGUGAUUGACCAUCGCCUGCUGGAGAGAGAGCCCUCCCCCUCCUGUUCUGUUACCGUGGAGACGGUGGGAUCCUGUGCUACCUUGGUAGCGGAGUGCAUCAUCCAGAAAGCUCCGGAGAUCCUGGACCAGCAGGUCGCUCAGCUGCUCUAUGCUGCGGUGGUGGUGGACUGCGUCAACAUGGCGCCGUCAGCAGGUAAAGUGACUCCUAAAGACAGUCGGCUCGCUGCAGAGCUGGAGUCCCGUUUUCCCGCUCUGCCUCCGAGAGACGCUCUCUUCCAGAUGCUGCAGGACGCCAAGUUUGACGUGUCAGGUCUGAACACUGAACAGAUGUUGUUGAAGGACAUGAAAGCUGUUAAUGAAAGGUUGAACGUCGCCAUUUCUGUUCUCUACAUCACACUGAAGGACUUCCUGCAGAGGGCGGAGUUGGAGGCGGAGCUCUCAGGUUUCUGUCUGAAGUUUGGGUACGACCUCCUGCUGCUGAUGACCAUCUCCUUCAGUGAGAGCAAACAGCCAAUCAGAGAGCUCGCUGUGUUCAGCCACAGUGCCACCUGCAGGCAACAGGUGAUCCUCCACCUGGAACAGGCCCGUAACCCCGACCUCAACCUCUGUCCAAUCAGCAGCCCCCGUCAUCACGUCACAGCCUAUCAGCAAGGAAACACUCUGGCGUCCAGAAAGAAGCUCCUCCCCAUCGUUAAAGAGUUCCUGAGGGAGCGGGACGGAGACUGUUGCCUGGGAGACGGUCGCCUAGGAGACGUGGAGGAGGAUGAGGAGGAGGAUUCCCAGUUCCCUCCGACCCCAAUGAACAGUCUGGUGGAGGGCUGUCCUCUGGAUGACGGCCUGCCGCACAUCAGCGCUCAAGACCUGGAGGAGAAGUUCAGCAAGAUGGCCGACAGAAGAGGGAACUGACCUCUGACCUGUCACCUGUCAAUCAUCAGGACGUCUGUCUGUCUGUCAGAUGAUGAAGGUACCACAGACACAAUGACAAAAACUUCCGAUAAACAUGGACCACGUCAACGGUUUGAUUUUACUGAUGAGGACUCAAACACGUUGUUUUAUUCUGAAAAAUCAUUUGGAAUGACUUCCUCAGAGGCGCAGAUGUCAGUCCUUCAAAAUAAAAUGUAAAAUACA